GCUCUUAUCUCGUGGGGUGAUUUUCACUCGUGGUCGCGUUUCGCUCGCUCUACUAUCCCUGAUGAAAAAUGAGGAUUACUCGUAGUCUAGAAACUUUUAGCUGUCCUAAAGAAAUAAAAAAAUUCGAGGCAAUGUUUGCUUCUCCGAACAAAUAUUCAGGAAACAGCGGUUGGGUGCCCCUGAUAGUUUAAUCCUCGUGCUUUUAUCCUGGGGCAGAUGCUCAAUAUUUCGAGCCCGCGAUGGUUAAGGGCCUAAUCACUGUAAUUGUAAUCACUGUUGCCUGCAUUUAACCCUUUCAAUGUUGUCAGUGCUAAUUACAAUUUUUAGUGUUUUAAUCACCACUGAUUUUCAGUGAUUAACCCUGACCUGACUUAACUUGUCUAAGUAACUUAUAUUUCUGUUACUCUUAUCACCUAGUAUUUGCAUAAGUAUGGCGACAGGUACUGCAGAAGAAGCGUUACAUCCAACAAACGAAAAUGCAAAUUUCCUGCGCUUGACACGGCUUCUAAUGCGUGGAGGACUCCAACUUUUAAGAGACACUUUUAAUGCUAUCCAUUCACCACCCAAUCUUUCAACCGUGCUUGAUGACCAUACCACAAAGACGGCGCUUAAAACUUUGAAAAGGAAGAGAGUCCUUACCCAAACCCAGUGGAAAUACCUUUACGACCCACAUGGACCAGGAACCUAUGGAGAGUCGGCCAAUUUUGAUAUCAGCUUACUUUGUUUAUUGCUACAAGAAAUAUGCGAACUCCCUGAACCUUCUAAAGGAUGGUUCACCUUUCCUGAAGGGACCGAUAACAGUUGUGGAGCAGACGUGGUCAGAAUUAGGCAUUAUCGUAACACACUUUAUGGCCACAACCAAAGUAUGGAGAUUGCAAACGCUGAUUUUAAGAAGCUUUGGAAGAAAAUCAGAGAGGUGUUGUUGAGAAUUGCUGGCCGCAUAAGUAUUGCAAAGAGGAAAGAGUGGGAGAAGGAAAUUGACGAAUUUCUGUAUAAACCACUAACACCAGAUGCACAAGAAAAUGUCGAACAACUUCGGUUAUGGUACAAAGACGACCUGAAGCUUAAGGAAAUGGUAGAAGAGAUAAAAGAAGACGUCAAGCAGAUGAAAAUCAACAAUGAGCAAAUUCUCAUUAACCAAGAGAAAAUUAUCAUGAACCAAGAGCUACUUCUCAUGUCUAUUAACGUCAUCGCAGCAGAGGUUGAAGGACGUGGGUCUUCUGUCAGUCCCUAUUUCUUUGCAGCCCCACAAGCACAAGUUGCCCAUAUGCCAUAUAAAAAUGAGGAGACGCAAAUACCUAUACCCCCAGACCAGUCAUCAGUAGAAGACACUCCAACAGGUCCAUCCACAAGCACGGAGCUUCAAGGAAGUCAGCAGAAUCAUCCACAUUUCUGGUCUGUUAUUUGUUCAGACAAGAAAUUGUUAAAAAAAGUGGAAGAAUAUCUGAAAUCACUUGGAGUUGACCUUCACGACUUCAGACAAGGGAGCUUGAUCAUAACAGUUUCCUGCAGUUCUUUAGAAGUUCUUGAGGCAUUGUGGAAGGACUACCGGACAAGGCAUCUUAAUAAAGUGAUUCAAGAUACGCUUGUAACGGCAGAGGUUCUGGAAAAGCUUGACCUCAAUAAGGUUGAACUGAGAACCAUUAUUUCAGAGGAAGACUACACGUCGUACAAACACUUUUUGAACUACAGACAAGGUAUGAUGAAUUGUAUUCAAAUGACUCUGGCUAAUAAUAAUAGUUUUAUGUAAUAUAAUAUUCCGGGGAUUAUAGAGAUUCGCGUGCUUUGAUUGGCCGAGGAUUGCAUCACAUGUCGCUUUAUUCACCCCGCGCCGCUGAAUUAUAAAACUUCUUUGCCCCAUUGUAAUUUUAUUAUUGUAUAUUUGUUAUUAUUGUAUAUUACGACAGAAUAGCCCCGUAUAGAGGAUUCGUAAUAAAGUGUAUGUUACGUUAAUGUUAUGUUAUAGCGAGCACCAACUGAGAGAAACAUCUAGUACAAUCGAACAAAGAAAAGUGUUAAGUUCUCGUCUUCAUUUGCCUGUUUCUAGGCAAAUUCAGGAUACUUAACAAUAGGCCGUUUGCAAUUGUACUAAUAUACUAGAAUCCUUCAGGGUUUUGUUUUCGUUUGCAAACUAGGGUUUUUGUUAUCUAAACCUCACUGGGAUUACCAAAUUUAAGGGACUUGUCAGAAAUUGGAAGGGGGGGGGGGUGGGAAUUUUAAAUUUGGGUCUGGAAAUGAGGUGACCCAUCCCUGCAAUGGGAGUGAAAUUUGCUAACCCUCCCCUUGACCUUGGCCUAAAAUAUCUUGACCCUCCCCCUCUUGUAUAAAUGAUUAAAUCUAGUUCUUGCAAUACACCAAGGUGAGUCAGUAUUAUGAAAGCUCAAAAUAUAUUUAUAAUCUGUUCUUUGUAAUCCCACUUACAUACAUUUUAGAUGACAGCAUUAAGAGUGCAACUCUGAUUCUGACAGUUGAUCACUCAACUCUCCUAUUUCUCCCAAGUUUUUUUUACAAAAUAAAGAACUUCUUUUUUCUUCUACGGGUGAACCUCUACAUGAUCACAGACACAUAUUUGCAUGACCCUCCCCCUUUGAAUGGCCCAUUCUUCAUGACCCCUCCCUUUUCUGCAGUCUCAAAAAGUUGUGACCCUUCCUCUGUUUCCACCCCCCCCCCCCCCUGCUAAUUUCUGACAAGUCCCUAAAUACGAAAGAAAAAACGAAAUGAAUUCUGGUCCUAGCAGUAAAAAGACGUCAUCGUGCAAAUGCCCUAUUAUUCUUUUAAAUCGAGGUGAAUAGAGGCUAAUAUUUACCGACCCGCGAGACAGCGAGGUUAAUAUUCCUAAAGCCACUAUUCACCGAGAUUAAGAAGAAUAGUUAUCUUUGUAACAAAUACGUACACACCAGGUGAUUUCAACAAAAUCAGGCAGGAAACCAUUUCGGCUACGUCCUCACGAAUUUGGAUAGGCUGAAACCGCAUACUAAAUAUUUGCGUCAACACGAAUUCUGGUUGUUGUAUCCGGUUUGGAUUCACCCAUCCACACGAAUACGCUACUGAGGUCUCGGAGGCCAACACAAUCUGUCCACAAUCGGUUUCACAAACAGAUUGUGUCGAAUUGAAUAAUAAUCUAUUAAUUGACGGUUUAGUGAUGCUGUGUCUCAACUUACUUUGUUUCUCUGCGUGGUAAUCACAUAUAUCGAGUUACAAACGUAACGUUACGAAAAUUAGUAUGUGCACCGAAUUUAUACCGCACAAACGUUUUUUAAUGUAGGUUUGUAAACCAACACCCUGCGAGCAGAGCCUCCUGCUGUCAGGGCGGUAAACCAAAAGACGAUUGUCAAGGGAGAAGGCCAUGAGCAAAAGGAAUGCUUGCUUGCAUACUUUUUCAAAAAAUUACUAUAUAAGCUCCAAACUAACCAUAUUGUAAUCGCAGCCUUUACGUGCGUUUCCAAACAAACGACUUUAAUUCUACACUGACUCUUUCUACUGACAGUUGAAACCCAACGAAGCAAGCCUAGGGUGCGUUGCAUAGCGUAGCAAUUUGAAGCAAAGCCGUACUGAAAAAUAAUAAUUAACGCGUGAAUACAAAGUCAUGAUCAAGAAAAAAAAAACAUCGAAAUCUAAUGGAAGAUAAGCUGGCAAAACUCAAAAAAGGCGAAUGAAACAAACGAGAUACUUACAAGACGAUAACAAUAACCAAGACGAACACACAGACGAGCAAAAGGCCAAGGAAAAAAAACUUAAAGUAACUGAACCAAGUACUGAACGUACUGGAGAACUGACAUGAAGUUCAGGGGCACCCAAGGACAACUGUUUCCUGUAAAAUAUCUGUUUCAAUUCGUAGAAGCGAAAUUGUCUAGAAUUUUCUAUAGCUUGAGGAAGGUUAAAAAUUUCUGGAUGACCGUUCAAUUCAUGUACAAUUUUCGAAGCUUAUCUAAUUAAUUCCCCACGAUUUUCUAAAGGUUAAUUUUUCGCAUUUCAAUCCCCAGGUUAAGCUAAAAUUUUUGGAUACUUUGUUAAAACUUUGACAUGCAUCUAAAUUUUUAGGGAAAAUAAUACUGAUUGAAGCCCAAUUGCAUUGUAAUUUCGAAGACUCAAGUUGCCCUAGGAUGAGUAAACAGAUGUAAAUUUUAUAGCGCCGCUUAGAAUGCUUUUCUAGAGAUCUAAAAGUGCUCUGGAUAGACUAAAAAGCGUUUUCAAUGUAUUUAAUAAGAGGAAACAGUCGUUGGGUGCCCCCGGAAGUUGAGCUACAUAUACAUGUAGAUUUAAAAGAACCCGGCUAGAGAACAAAGACACACGAAAAAUAAACGACUAAGUCAGUACCUAAAACUGUACCAAACACGCAUACGUGACUAGCAAAACCUUAGGAAUGAGUCGACGAAAGGCGAACAAAAAAGUCAGCUUUAGAAAAGGCGUAGAUUCCUUCCUUCCUGGAGAUAUACAUAUACGGUACCAAGACAACAUCACCUUUGUAAAAAAACAAAAGUACCCUGCAAGGAGAGGUGUCUCUCUUUCAUGGCUUUUAGCGUUUACGAAGUCAUUUGCGUGGCUUGUCUGUUGCGUAGUUGGUUUGUUUACGCCCCGUGAAAAAACAUUAGUGCAAGAAUGAGUUGAUCUAUAUCAGAGUUUUUGACGCAGUUUUGCUCAAGACAUAGCAGUAAUAGUUUGUUGAGUUGAGGUUAUCGGUAUUGUGAUGCCGGGAUCCCGGCUGACCGGGCCAAAGUAAAUUUUCCAUGCUUAACGGGCCAGCCUGGUGAACAAGCCAACAACAGGAGGGUAACACACUGCUCAUGGAUACUGUUUCUGUAAACAUAAUCAAAUGGCCCCGGGUUGGUCAGCAUUCUUGACCCCAAUGCAAAUCUUACGCUUCUGACAACGCGCAAGUCACCUCGGCAAAGUAAGCCAGCGCGGUUGUGUAAGCAGGCCCUAAAUCUUGAUAACACAUGCGGAAUCACGGACAGGAUGCUCUGUUUUUCAUCUGUUAAUAACUAACUACAAUAAGGUGUAAAUUUGGAAAGCUUAAAAAGGAAAACCAGAAAUUGUGCUUUUCAUCUUUGUAAUAGGUAAAAAGAAAAUGCCCCAAGACCAAGGAAGUCCUCCCACGGAGCUUGUUGCAGGUAAGCCACAUGAAGACAUUUUCUUUCUGUUUAAUUUGAAUGACUAGGUGGAAAGAGUGGGAAAUUCCCUUGACAAGUAAACGAUUGUCAUGUAUCAUCGUACCUUACCUGUCUGUCUACCGUGCAAUAAUUUGUUGGCUAGUCUAGGGCAAAACCAGGAGUAGGACCGGUUCUAAAUGCAGACAACAAGCGAAACAAACCUCAGAUCAUCGAGUCGCGACUCUUUUGUCGUUGCAGCCAAUCAAGUUUCCCUAACAAUAAUUUAUUGCAAAAUGCACCAAAAGUGGUCUGGCUCAAGUCCCCCAACCGCACUAGGGUAAAUUAUCUAUGAAAAGGCCUGAGGGGAAUGAAUUAUUUGAUAUUUAUGAUUUACAGUUAUUUUAACCUUUUCCUCAAAAUGGACUUUAAUUUGAAACAUAGCUUUGAAAGUGGCUACUAUUCUUGUUAAUACUGACUGUCUUGUUUAAUACUAGUUUCUGAUGUCAAUGAUUUACAGUUCAUAAAAAGGAUAUCUCUUUCUCAGUCUAAUCCAGAUUAAGGCAACGGUUGUUUAACCAUUUGCAUGGGCAAACCGGUCGGUCCACGGUUUGGAUAAAUGGUACGUAACAUUCAGGACUCGUAAAUUUUGUUCCGGAAUCGCGUUUAACAUUUGUAGAAAUCAGUUCCACUUACCGAAAAAAGAGCGCGAAGGCCUGAAACUGGUAUCAAAGAUGGCUUUGAAAAAAUAGAACACGAAUUUCCGUAUGGAGCCUUAAUUCCAUUUGGAAAAACAGGACUGUCUUUUCAGAUGUUUCGUCGCUCCCGGAAAUUUUCUGCUGGAACGACCCAAAAAGUCGCGUUCCAUUUACUUUCCAACCGGAUUUUCCAGCAACGUUUUCAAGAAAUGGUAAACAAGCAACUUAUUUCAUAUUACUUUGAAAUGAUCAGACCUCAAUAACACAAAAAGGUCGUGGAGUUAUGAUAGUAGUCAUUUUGAAUCUCUUACAAUGGAUUUUUGGUUCUCCUUUCUUCAAUAAAGUCAACGCAGCAUAAUCUUUGUCUAAGAUUUUUAAUCAUCAAUGUCACAAAACGAUACAUAAAUUAAGGCAAAAAUACGAGGAAAAACAACAACAACAACAAAAAUAAACAUGAAGUUCUUAUAUUAACUAAACAAAAACAGAGAACACAGACAGAAAAGAGAACAGAACGGAGAAGGGAUACGCGUCGCCGAAGGAGGGGGGGGAGGGUUAGAAAUUAUAACCCGGCAAAGAGACCGAGAUCACGGGAUAAUUGGCUUAAACAGGCACCGAGAACUCUCCCGAGACUUCCACACGAUUGUCUGUGGGGUGCUACGAGGAUACCAUGCAACAUGCGCAGACAGUGGUAAUGUUCUAACAAUGAAAAUAGUAAUACACUGCGCAUGACUCAAAGCCUAACUUACAUAACAUCCGGCAUGAGUCAUGCCUUUAAAAAAAUUGACCUAAUGGGCCUUGUUCGAUUUUUUAAAAUUCUAACAUGACUCCGAAGCUUUAGGGUCAAAAUAGCAAAUUUUUCACGACCCCAUUGUCUUGCAAUUCCCAGAGGAGACUUGAGCACAAAGAAAACCAAACCAAAUAUAGUACAGAAAAAUGACCAGAGAGCCUCGGAGUCAUGUUACAAUCGGUUAAGAUAUCAAACGUGGGCCAUUACCCUAAUAACGGUCACGGGAAAUGGAAGUGAAAAAUGGGAAAACAGAGAACUGGAAACGAAAUUAUUGAUAGGGUUAAGGUUUACGUUUGGUUUUGUUCCCGCUAUCCCGUUUCCCGAGCUCGUCUCCAGCUCAUAGUUUAUCUAUCAAUGAGAAAACUGAAAAUUCAAAUAUACAGAUUUAGCCAGGGCUACAAGAGAAGCUCUCGUUAACGAGAUACUUGUAAACAAAAAAAGAAAAUCGUGUAAUACGACGGCAAUAAAAACGGCAACAAAAUCAAUAGAUGUAAUUAGCAAAAAAAUAAAUUUGCACCUGCAGCACACUUUUUUGUACAUUUCUUUGCCGUUGUUUUGCACGACUAGCAUGUGAAACUUCCUAGUUACACAUUAUUCUUUAUGAAAGAAUUGUCGUAUGUACUCACGAAAAAUUUUGUUGCUUGUGUUCCUGUUCGCUUUUAUUUUUCUUCACUGCCGCUCAUUUUCAGUUUGCUGGUCGCUCCUUGCUGGCCGCUAGCAUUUCUCAUUUUCCUUACCACCGCUAUGAAAUUUUCAUGUUUUUCUUCCAACGAAAUUCGUCUCCUUUGCUUUUAAUCACUCACUCUAGCUCUUUCUCUGUUAUACACGUGAGUGCAGACGUCAAAAUAACGUCGAAAAAGACUCGACUUUGUUGUUGUUUUUUCUCUCCGGGUGGCCAUGCGAUUUCCCGUCAAAAACACCUCGAGUUGCCUGUGGUAUCAUACCUGUUAUUUUACAUUGGUAUGCCUGUUGUGCGGACAGACGGGUAGCCUGCGUAGCAGGCGUCGAAUGGGGUAGGGGAUAGGGAGAAAGGAAAAAAGGGAGGGGGAUUGGGGAGAGAGGGGAAGGGACGCCUGCUAUAAGAACCCCCUUUUGUUCAUUUCUGCGGACGCUGGCGUCCCCAAAUUCCUGAUUGGCUGAGCCGUAAUGAGUAACUUAUUGGCGUGUAUCCUGGCGUGUAUUAGUGUGAGAGACAAACAUGACGACGACAUCAAGAAAAAAGUGUUCUACUAGCAUAACCUUGGGAAGAUCAAUUAAAACUCGCACUAAAACCAACUGUAGCAGCUUGUUUAGUUGGCAGAGAUGCUCAGGAGGUUUUGUAUUAAAUACUGGAUUUGUCCAAACUCCGAGCAGCGAUUCAAAGCGAUUGCGAUUCUUGCCAGACAUCUGCAAUGCCGAUAUUCACAAGACCACCUUUUCCGCAAAAACAUAUACCGUCUUGAAUGGAGUUGGUAAAAAUUAUCCGUUGAGCGUUUUGACAAUUGUUUAUAAUUCUCCUUUGCUUUCAUUAUUCGCGUCUCAGGCUGGCCAAUGUUCUGUCCUUUGUGACCAUCACGGUGCUUGAUGAGGUUGUAAGACAAAAGGUCUUCUGUAUUCACACGAAACUGAUUAUUGUUUGUCGUAGACUGCGAGCAGUAAAAAAUGAGAGACUACUCGUAGUCUAUGUUUGUCGUGUUUGCUGCGGGAGUAUAGGAAGAGUAAAAAUGUUUCACUUCGCUCGAUUAUGAUAUCAUUUGGAAAAAGCGUCUCAACUUGACAAUUUCCGGUAAACAAAGUAAUUAUGUUCGGGCCAUGCUGAGAAGCCCCGUACUUGUGAUUGGUCAGGUAUUGACAGUGACAUCGGAUUAGUUGAGAAAAUGGUGGGCGGAUUACAAAAACACCGGCUCUUAUAGCAGGCGCUCCCUUCCUUUUCCCGUCUUUCGCGCUUUUCUCCCUCCCUCUCCCCUUCCCCUUUUUGCGCCUGCCACGCAGGCUAACAGACGGGCGAACAGGCGUAGGGUCACGUGAUUACCAAAAUUUCUCGGAUGGAUUACCAAAUUUUCUUAUGUAUGGGGCUCCGCUUAGCGCGCGCGUGGAGCUCCGCUAUUAUUCUAUCAAGGGUUUGUCCUGAAUGACCCUCUGAGAUUAACCGGUAAGGAAAAAUUUUCUACAAUAAAUCACGUGACUUUUUUAUAUUCUUUCUAUUUUUCCUUUUUAUAUUCUUCCCCGUUCAGGAUACAGAUUGUACCUUUUAUGCACCAAAUCCCUAAAUACCGCAUGGUUUUUAAACUGCCGCAAUUAAUUAUUCUUGCUCACUCCAUAUAUCUCUUUUUUCCUUAAUCCUCGAAGAAUUUAAGGACGAUUAGUUAUCUCAGGCUCAUACCUUCUGUCGACGUUAAGACUAAAUGAACGUUAAGCCAACAAGAGGAAAAAAGCUUUCUUUCGGUGUGGGUCCUCUUCAAGGUCAACGGACGGGCAUAACCUUAUCAUGCUUGAGUUCAGGGAUCUCACGUCCAACGGAUUAUGGCACGUUCCCACUGACACCCAAAACCUUAUAUAAAGUUGAAAUUACAGCGUAUUGAGCAGCCAAUCUAAAUAUACCAACCAUUUCAUUCAUGAUUUGUCAAUUCAAGCGUCUUGGUCAGGUUUCGGGUCUAAAAAUUAAAGCGAUUUUUGUUUUUGUUCUUGGUUUUUGUUUUUGUUUUUUGGGACUCAAAGAGUGGUUGUGCCACAUUCAAUUGCGAUGAAAACUUCGGAGCAUUUUGGAAAAAGGGCUGAUGGAGUCUCACGAUUUUUAGUCGGGUGUGCAUGGCUGGUCUAAUGGCCUGUCAUUCACCUUGGGUUCACCAAUCACUCGGUAAUAAAAGCUUUCAUGCCAAAGCCUGCUCCAAGCAAAUCAGAUCACAAGGCGCGGGAGAUAGUCUUAACGGUAACGUAUCCAGCUGAUUUGCCCACAUAUGUAUAUACUUCAAUUCCGUGUUAAUCUCACUUUUUUCUAUAUUCAUGCUCCCAUCCGUUGAGACCAAGCUAGGAAGAGGGAGUGGGAGAUCUACACUUCUUAUAUUAAACAAUUUUUAAGAAUAUACGAUAUUUAUCACACUUCAACAUUUGAUGUGCUUAUAAUAAGUGGUGGUUUAUGUUUAUUUCUUUUCAGCUGCAUUUUGGAAAGAUUUUUCCAUAUGUACUAGAUAAUUAUUAUUUAAGUGACUGACUUUAAUUCUCGAUCGUUCUCCAACCCGGGGCUUCCAAUUUAAUUGACUCUCGUAUUUUUAACUCGCUCCGUUAAAGAUUCCAGGGAAACUUCCCACCCACUCCUCCCUUCCCAGUUUGACAUUGCAUUUUCUGUUACUUUUUUCUUCAGUACCACCCAGUAUUAGCGUAGCUAUGGCUACAGGUACUUCAUCUGAUGCAGAAGAAGAGUUACGUCCAACAAAUGAAACUAAGACAAAUUUCCAGCGGUUGGCACGGCUUCUGAUGUGUGGAGGACUCGCACUUUUAAGGGAAGUGUUUGACGCUAUCCAUCCACCAGCCAACCUUCCAGCUGUGCUUGGUAACCCUUCCACAAAAAAGCAGCUGCAAACACUGAGAAGAAACCGAGUCCUUACCCACCCCGAAUGGUACUCCCUCUACGAGCCAAGUUGGUCAGGAAUGUAUGGAAAAUCGGCCGACUUUGAUAUCAGCCUACUCUUUAAAUUGCUUCGAGCAAUAUGCAACCUGACGCCUCCUGCUACUGGAUGGGACAACUUGCCGAAUCGCACUGAUCACACUCUUGAGGCAGACUUAGUUAGAAUAAAGUUUUACCGAAACAAAGUUUAUGGUCACAGCCACAGCAUGGAGAUAAAAGAUGCCGAUUUUGAGAAGCUUUGGAUGGAAAUCAGUGAGGUCCUAUUGAGAAUUGCUGGCAGGAUAAGUAGUGCAAAGAGAGAUGAGUGGAAGAACUCGAUCGAAAGGUUUUUCCGUGAACCACUAACACUAGACGCAAAGAAAGGUGUUGAUGAACUUCGAUUGUGGAACUUAAUGGAUAUGGAUACUAAAGACAAGAUCGAAGAGCUAGGUGAAAAGGUGAAACAGAUGGAAAUUAAACUAGAACAAAUGAAAGUUAAAGCAAACGAAAGGUACAUGAAAAUUCUCAUCGUCCUUGAAAGUCCUAAGGCUAGUUCCCUACAAGAGGAAAGUGCCCAAUCCCCAUCUGGAAGGGUGGACACACGCAAACCUCUACCCCCGGAGCAGCCAACCGUAAAAGGAAUUACAGGUCUUUCCACAAGCACAGAGCUUCCAGCAAGUCAGAAAAAUCCAGUAGUUCUUGAUUUCUGGCAUGUUGUUCAUUCAUUCAAGAGGCCAUUAGAGCUCUUGUUCCAAUACUUGAAAACGAAGAUUGGAGUCGACGUUGAAGACCACACCAGCAGCUCCGUCAUAAAAGUUUCCUCCAUUUCUUUCAAAGGUCUUAAGUCAUUGUGGAAGGACUACCAAAACGGGCAUCUUAACAAAGUAAUUCAAUCUACGCUUGUAACGGCAGAGGUUCUGGAAAAGCUUGACCUCAGUGAGGUUAAACUGAGAGCUGUUAUUUCAGAGGAAGACUACUGGUCAUACAAAGAUUUUCUGCAGUACAGUCAGUCAGGCAAAGGUAAGAUAUUUACCAAAUAGAUAAUAAUCAGUAAUAAGAACCGUGGCCUUAAAGCUGAAACACUUGAAACCUCGAUACUUGUUAAAACGACACUUUACACACACAACAGUAACUUCUCAUAAACCUACCGUGCGGAUCCUUGUUCCUUGUGCCACUUGUAACGUCAUAUCACUUUUAACGAUGUUAGAGAACUUUGACAUCAAUGAGAUCGUUGAUCUCAACGAUCGUUCUAAAUAAACCCAAAAAUCGCGUUCCCAUUCAAACAAUUCAGAAAAAGAAAAACGAAAAAAUGUAAUUAAGGUUGACGCGAAAAUUUCCAUGACUAUCUUGUUCCUCUAACCUUUAGCACUACCGUCAAAAGAAAAUUCACGAUCCUGGAAAGUUUUCGCAAAAUUCCCUGGAAAAAAAAGCCUAGUAUACUAAACAACGGUAAUAUCUUCGUAAAAGAGGGAAAACGGACUUGUGAAUCUGGAAAAACUUCGAAAGCUAAAAUUUCACAUAAGGAACAGAAGGAAGUAUUGUGCUCUACUUGUUAGAAAGGUUUUAGGCAGUUUUGGUUCUAAAAAACUGCUUGACUAGUUUCAAACGGAAGUUUUCGUCAAAUUUUUCUAGAAAAAGGCUAUUUGCAGCCGAACUGUUUAUUCAGAAAUAAUAAUUACUCGAUCAUGGUUCAUAUUGUUAGAGUGAUUUUACUUAAGCUGUGAAACAGAUACUAACAUUUACUGCCAAAUACUGCCACAAGUAAACAAAAAAGACAAUAGAAUUACAGUGAAUAAUAAAUAGUGCGUAGUAGUCUACUGCCUAUUUCACGGUGAAAUAAGACGUGGUUUAACUUCUUUUGUGAUCUUGUAGUUGGCUGCAUCUAGUUGCGUUAUUUUGAACACUGUCUAGUAACAGGAAAAUUUUCUUUCAAAGUUGCCAUUUGAGUUAAUAUCGUUGAAAGAUUCUUCUUUUACAACUUUGGUGAAAAACGCGGUAAACCUUCACCCCGGGUUCCUCACUUAAGUGCUGAAAGGAAAGCUGCAAAUUGUUUUUCUUUUUUAAUUUUUUUUUAUCCUCAUUAGGUGAAGGGGAAGAGACAAAGCCAAUUCCUCAAGUUCAAGAAAGUCCGGCAACGGAACUUGUGGAAGGUAAGAUAAACACUGAGAAGUGUCCUUGUUACCUCUUGCACGACCAGGUCAAAAGAAGGGGACAAAAACAUACUUGACAGUUAAAUAGGUUAAGUUAUUGAUAUGAACAUCGAUUAGUUUUGAUCAUUCAAUAUGAUCAUCAAUCUUGGGGUACAGUUGUCAUAUUCUCAGACGAGGUGAAUGCGACUUGUGGUUUCCCACAAGGAUCGGUUCUGGGUCCAUGUUUGUUUAGUUUGUACAUUAAUGACAUGCCAGAGAGGGUGACGUCUAUGGCGUACGAUCCCCGCCAAAAUUCAUUCUUCCUUCAGAUUUCGCAUCAUUGGAACACGUUUUUACACUCGUCUUUUAUUUUUUAAACUCAACUCUUUUACUUGCUCGCCGUAUAUUUUCAACUCACUUCAUCAAAUUACACUUGCCGAGUCAUUUUAUAUUUCAAACUCGACCUUGAAAAUUUUCAACACGACUUCUGAAUUUUCGUUCACGCUUCAGUGAUCGUUGAUCAAGACCAUCUGUCGGGGGGUGCGUCGUGAGUGGCUCUUUAGUCCAUCAUGCUUUGCGCCUUUUGUACAAACAUGGCUGCAGCGUUCGCACUUGCUGUUGUACAAGAAACUUUGGAGCCUUUAGAUUCCUAUCAGGACGGUGAUUAUAGCGGAAUUUGCUUCGAUUGGAGUAUUUAAAUCGUAUUAUUAUAAAUUGUGGGGAUUUACCCCAUUCUAUCGUGGCUGGCAUAGGAUCCGCCAUUACAUGUUUAUCGAGCGCACAGAGAUAGGUUGAAGGUGUUUUUGACAGGCCAAACACGACUCAUAAGCUCGUGAUAGUGUGAUAGGUGACCUUAUAGUUUUCCUCUAACGAGGAUAUCUCUCAGCGAUUUUGCUAUUUUAUAUGAAAUGAUGGGAGGCUAGUUGUAUAUUUCUCUCAGUAGUGGUUGAUCUUAAUGACAUCUGUCGCAUGAAAGACAAAAUAGAGAGCUCCGAACAAUCAGUCAUUAAACUGAAAAGACACAUGGAAAUCGGCACUUGUCCGCCAGACUUGCGUUACGACGCAAAAGCGACAAUUUUCCGGACGAGGACUUUAAGUCCGACAUUAGAGCCAUCCGAAAGGAGGCUGAGCAGAAAUUUCUAGGAGCGCUCAUUAAGUUUCACAACCGUCGCAUCGACCGCAACCAGGCACAAUUGCGAAAAGCCAAAUCUUGUACAAAGAAUACAUCCGUUUAAGCAGGCAAAAGCCAAUCUGACUCACGUAACAUUCCAGAAAGUUUAAAAGCAAUCACAGCUAACCCAGAGAAACGUCUUGAAGAAGUAAAUGCAAUGUUGUACGACCUUAAAGAGGCAAACAAUAAAACUGUUGAAACUUACACUUGUGUGGUCUCUGAGCCAGGGUCUAGUAAUAAGAAGGACUACGGGAUUAGAAAGCGCAAAUUUAAGAACAAAAAACACACAGAAAGACGAAAGAAAACCCGCAAAGAUAUUAGAGCUAUGAAAACAGAAUCCAAUUGUUGGUUUUCACAUGAACACUAAAAUUCAAACUACAGAACUAUCGAUCUUACUGAGAUUUUACUUUUAUGGGGUAUUAAAGCAGCUGAAAACUAAUUUCAAACAAAUUUUCGCUUCAAAAGGGCUCUUGGUUUUGUAAUAGAGUAUGCUUAAAUUUCUAAGCUUUCGCGUGACGCAGCAUUUACAUGACGGCCGAGAGAGCUGUCAUUUAGGUGAAAAAAGUGACUUUUUUCGAGGAAUUCUGCUAUCUGAACAGUUCAAGUAUUAGAAAAAGUGUUACUUUAAUGUUCAUGAGUCCCUCUAGGAGUAAAUGCACGCUUUUGUAGCAAAACUCGAUAACAGAUGUUUCUGUUGGUUUCCGUCCGCCAUGUUGGAGCUCAUGCGGAUGAGCUGCAGCAUGGCGUCUCCAUACAAAGCUCUAUAAAUUUGAGUAGAACAUUUCCUUGGAUAACUCUUAUGCGAAGUAUUCCUUCGACCCAAAUCUUGGCGAGGGUCUUUGUAUAUUUACUUACUUUCAUUUCCCAGAUUCUGGACUUUAUCUGUUGAAUGGUUUUGAUUUUGAUUUAUUUUGAAUGGCGUGACACUAAAAUCAGCAGUAGAAAAUACAUAAAGAACCUCUGCAAUCUAGAACUUACAAAUGAUCAGAUAAAUCUGCUCUCUCAUGGAUUAAAAUUUGUCCCUACGCCUAUAAUAAACGAAACCGCAUUAAGAAAACAACUCUUUACAGACUUCAAAGAUUUUGCCAGUAGAAUGCGGCUCCAGUUUAUAUAUCACGGCAAGGGCAAAAACAUCAACCCCUUCUACGUUAAGUCAAACUGGGAACCACCAGUUCAGCAGUCUGUCACCCAAGAAAGCUAUCUAGAAGAAAUUAAAAUACAACUUGCGCACACACCGAUAACCAAAGCUAUACCCAACCUACCGCUAAAUGAGAGAAAAGCUAUCACAGAGCUAAAAAAUAACUCUGAAAUAAACGUCAGGAAAGCGGAUAAAGGUACUACCACGGUCAUAAUGAACAAACUAGAAACACAAGAGGGGCAGACCCUACUAGACGAUGGAAACAACUACACACCCCUCGAAGACCCCAUGGCAAGGACAACUUUCCAAAAAGUAAAAAAAAAUAGUCGAAGAACUACAUCAGGGAAGUUUUAUUGACGAAAUCACUGUUAAAUGGUUAUCACAGACACCUAACCGACCCAGAAUACCUGUCUUCUACAGUCUCACAAAGAUUCAUAAGCCAACUCCUGUUGGCCGACCUAUACGGUGGCAGGAAACGACGGACCCACUGAACGGAUGUCAUCAUUCCUUAAUGACCUACUUCAGCCUAUAGCUAAGUCACAAAUGUCCUAUCUUAAGGACACAACCGACUUUGUUAACUUCAUAGAAAGGAGACACCUCCCAGAGGACGCUUUCCUAGUCUCCUUAGACGUUGCUACACCGUACACAAAUAUCCCACAGGAAGAGGGAAUAAACACAGUAUGCAAAGCAUACUAGACUUUCCACGGGGAAAACACCCCUAUCCCCACCUAAUCCCUCAGAAGAAUCCUAAAACUUAUUCUGCAAGAGAACUCGCUUGAAUUCAACGGCAAAAACUAUCUCGAAACACACGGAACCGCAAUGGGUACAAAGAUGGCAGUCGCCUUUGCCAACAUCUUUAUGUCGGUGGUAGAGACAGAAUUACUGGACCUCAGCAAAACUAAACCCCUUGAGUGGAAAAGAUACAUUGACGAUAUUUUCUCAUUGUGGAGAACUGAGAGGAAGGAGAUAGAUGAAUUCAUUGCUCUUGCAAUCAGGCAUCACCCUUUAAUUAAAUUUACGGCUGAAAUAUCUGACAAAGAGAUUUACUUUCUGGAUACAACGGUUUACAAAGGCGAGAGAUUUCACAACCAAGGAAUACUUGACAACCGCACACUUUUUAAACCUACAGAGACUUUUCAAUACACGCAUUUCUCUUCCCGUAACCCUCACGGGGUAAGAAAAGGUCUCAUAAAGGGCGAAGCCCUUAGACUUCUGAGAACUAACUCCUCAGCUAAAUCCUUCUAUGAGAACAUCUUCUCUACAACUUCAAAAAACGCCUUCGCGCUAGAGGUUACCCUCACAAUCUCAUAGGAAAAAUCACCUCUAAGGUUAAAUUUACCGAACGGAAGUCAGCUUUAAAAACGAACAAUGAAGUGCGAAAGAAAAUUAUGCCUUUCGUUACCACGUACCACCCUGCUUUGCCGAACCUUAAAAACAUUUUAAUGAGCAAAUGGCACUUAAUUCAAGAUCAACCACUACUGAGAGAAAUACAACUAGCCUCCCAUCAUUUCAUAUAAAAGAGCAAAAUCGCUGGGAGAUAUCCUCGUUAGAGCAAAACUACAAGGUCACGUAUCACACUAUCACGAGUUUAUGAGUCCUGUUUGGCCUGUCAACACCUUCCACAGAUGGUCUUGAUCAACGAUCACUGAAGCAUGAACGGAAAUUCAGACGUCGUGUUGAAAAUUUUCAAGGUCUAGUUUGAAAUAUGACUUGGCAACUGUAAUUUGAUGAAGCGAGUUGAAAAUAUACGGCGAGACGAGUGUAAAAACGUUUUCCAAUGAUGCGAAAUCUGAAGGAAGAGAGUAAAAUUUUAUAGUCGGCUAUAAAAUUCAAGUAGAAAUUUAAAUGAUGAAUUUAAAAUUCAAACAAUGAAUUUUGGCGGGGAUCGUACGCCAUAGCUUCCUUGAGUGUGACCUACGGAAUAACCAUCUAUAGAAACUGCAAUAACUUUUAUCCCGAUAAGCGUUUCACUGUGGUGCUGGAGGUAUACCAUCGAGAAGAGUCAUGAAAGUUUCUCAAUGGGUACUCGAUUUAUGAAAUGUACAAAUAAAGUCUUUACUUUUGUUAAAUUAUUUUACAACAGAGCUGGCGACACGCCCUCUUUGAUUUCACAUUACGCUGUAUUUGAAAGAGUGUGUCGCAUAACCUAAUAGUAAUAAGGCUGUGGCUCCGCGAUUUUCCACUCUGUAUCUUAGUAGAGGUGCCGUGCUAUGGAACUUUGCUUCCAUUAAUGAAUUACCAAAACAAAGGGACUGGAUCUAUCAUUUAGUGAAUUAACUUUAACAAUCUAUCUGUUCAGUCAACUAGUGCCUAAGAAGAUGCCCGAUUUGGAAUUAUACAGUGUACAGUGUUUACAUUUCCAUUUAUUGUAUAUAAGGAAAUUUUUAACGUAAAUUUUAAAUUUUGAAUCGUUUUAAAUAAAGGAUAUUAACUCAUCCAAUCAUUGAUGAGAGGAAGGAGGAAAGGGAUAUGUGAAGAAAUUUUACCACUCUUUCUCUGUCAGAAGAACUCCUUCAUUAGCAGUAGUAUUUAAGCUAAGAGCUCUAAGGCAUAUCGUUAAACCUGUAACAAAACGAGAGUUAAAAUCACAAACGUUUCCCGAAGUCUCGAAUUAUGUUACAGUCGUUUAUAUGGUGGUUCUGAAGUGCCGAUUGAUAUUUGCUGACUGCAUACAACAAGAGUUUAAAAAAAAACCCGUGGCAGGGUCUCUUAUAAUUCACCUUUUACGAAAGGUUAGCCAAGUGAUUACAUUAAUCCACUCAUUUAUCUCAUUUUUCUCUGGAGACGACCGACCGAAGGAGAAUUUUUGCGGGCUCAGUAUCUUCAAAUUGUGUCCUUUUGUCUUCGUUAGGUGAAGGGGAAGAGACAAUGCCAAUUCCCAAAGUUCAAGGAAGUCCUGCGACGGAGCUUGUUGAAGGUAAUAUAAACAGAGGUUUCCUUGUUACCUUUUGAAUGACCAGGUCAAGGGGACAAAAAUAUACUUGACAGUUAAAUGAUUGAUGUGAAUAUCGAUUACUUUUGACCAUUCAAUCAUCAUCUUAUCAGAGGGAAGACGAAUUUUUACCCCUACCUUUUUGGACACUUUCAUUUAGUAGUAUUGUUCAAGCCGUCGACAUUUUACAGCCGAUUAUUUGGUGGGGGGUGGGGGGAACUACAUCUUUGAUUGCUUCUGAAUUGCUGACGAAGGAGGAUUCUAGCAGGGCGGAUAAAGGUUGGACGAUGAAACGAGCGCGUCGGAGCCAAAAGGUGUGAUGCAGUGGACUUGGACUCUUAGAAAAAAUGUCGCCUGUCUUCAAAUUUGGUCGGGGCUUGUGAUGUGGUUUCUCCAUUAGACACUGCUGUCACUAAAUUAUGGCGGCUUGAGUUGUUUUCUUGCACUUCUUCCUCGUUGUCUGGUUACUUCGAUGACUCUACCAACCAUAUUUUCGUUCUCAUACUCGCCACUGAUGAUGUACUUGCGAAAAAAAACAAGACGAUAAUUAAAACCUGUCUAAAAACACGAAGCAAAUCCUCAUCCAUGGUAAAACGAAAAGAAAGCAGAUGUCAUAUAGAUGACCCGUGUAUUCUAUAAUGCAUGCUACUCCUGCACGGUUAAUUAAGAUUAAUUAUUAAAUCACCAUCACGUUUCUAGUUUUUAUUUUCCUAGAACAUCUGGGCAUGUCCUUCUGUUUCUUCAGAACUUCAGAAUUAGUUGCCCCUAAGUUUUGACUACUUUGCUGUGUUUUAUUGAGAAAAACGGAGAAAAACCCUUCCACCUAUAAACUUUCAAUAAAUUUUGUUUGACAUUUGCGACAUAUUGCACGAAUCGCCAAGUCGCCUUACAACUGAGAGGCAAAGUUUUGAAGUACUUAGUGCAACGCCACUAUCUCCCAAUACCCCCGGCUAAAGUUUUGUUAUAUAAAUUCAUCGCUCUUUAACAUAUCAUAAAUCAUGGUGGAGUAGUUUGGAGUUUUUGUAAACGAAACGGCAAAAAAACGAUUAGGUCAGAUUUAGCGGCAAGAGGAGGUACUCAACAUUUUCAGGCCACGUCCACACGAAUCCGGAUACGCUGAAAACGCAUACUUGAUAUUUGUGUCAACACGAAUCCGACUUGGGUUCACCCACUCACACGAAUACGCUACUGCGAUUUACAUUUGGUAAUUACCAGCGAGUAAGUAUGCGCAAAACAAGACCGCGAUGUGACUUCGCCGCAUUUUUAAAUGUUGUUACCGCUAUAUCGAGCAACACUUGCAAUGAGAAGGGCGAUAGCAGCCAGCAACAAGUUGGAAAAAGAACAUUAGGUGCGGUUACACGAGACACUUUAACCGUGGUACAUGACCCUUUUACCGUGGGAAAUUGGCGUGGUCCGUUUGGCCGGACUUUCCCCGAGAUAAAUUUAUGGUGGGAAAUAUCCAUAGUUACUUCAAAAAGAAGAAAGAAACCGCCCAACAAAUUUGACGUGGCAAAUAGCUAGGGUUUUUCGACACCCAAGACAAGACAGCCAACCAGGUUUCUUCAUUUGACACCAACAUGGAACCGCAAAAAAUUGUUUUUCUAACGGGUUUCUUUCGCGCUGUUAAGAGAAAGAUCGAUGUUAACAUGGCAUAUUUAGAAGAUAAAAGCAACAGGGAAAUUUUCAACAUAACAUGAAAUACUACCAUGAUCGACGGUGAUUAUUACUGCAGAAGUGCAAACGGAGCCGUAAAGCGCAGCUAAAUUACCUUAGGAAUCAAUUCACGUGUAACCACAUUUGACCACGGUACACUAUAAAUCUACGUUAAAUUUACCAUGGCUUCGAUAAGCGUGAGAAAUGCCUUUUACCAUGGUGUGCGUAACCGCACCUAUUGUUCAUUGUUGUUAGCCAUUUUGAAAGUGAAAGUUUUCAUUUAACACUGGACCCGAGUUAAUGACGUAGUGACGUAAAUGUCCGGUUUCAGUCGUCCACAUGGAUUCACCAAACCAAACAUCCAUUCUGGAAAGCGGUUCAAAAAUGUGCGUUAUCGGUGUGCGGAUUCACUGGUUUUGUGUAGACGGAAGGCCGUUUAAAAAAAGUAUGCAGUGGACGGGGCCUUAAACUACUACUGAAAGCUCUGUACCUAGAAGCGACUUUAACUUUCCAAAGGUUUACAGCAAAACACUGCUUGAUAGCUCAAAUCUUCGGCGGUUCUUAUCAGCUGUACGGAGCUACAUGUUGCAUAUUCCAUACUCUGCAGAGGAAAAUUGUUUAACAGAAAAAGAAAACCACACACUAUGUCUGAAAAGCAACAGGAAAUCAAUAAAUUUACGAAUUACCAAAAUAUAAUAGUGAGAAACAGUCCCGCGUUCUACCGCCAUGUUUUUUUUUCUUCUCAAGAACGUUUAUCUAUGCAUUUUGACGUAAUGCGCAUGGUCAGUACUCAAAUCCGCUGGCAAGACCUUUGCUGAUCGCUUUGCAAGUUGUGAGAACAUCGUUUGGAUUUCACUUAAGAGAAUGUAUUGCAAGUCGCCCCCCAACUGUUUCACACUAUAGCCUGAAAUUACAAAAAGAAAAUAGGAUUUCCGGUCUGCACAAAGGAAAAUUUCGCCGGCAAUCAAACACACCGGAAGCGCGAAAAGUGCGCUCGUGCCAGUCCUGCUCCGCAUCACAAAUCACUUGAGGAGCGGAGCGAUCGUUUUAAUCGCCCACCUUUAUCCGCCCUGAUUUUAGACUACGUACUGGGCGUGCCACAGGCGGCCAGUAAUAGACCAGUUUCGAAUAUUAAAAUUCAUACUUGGCUAUACGUUGCGAGGAAGGAAAGGAAUAACUAGUUUCUAAAAUAACCGCAAGGUUUUCCAGUUAAAAACUAGUCAAUUAGAGUUACCUAUAAAUUGACUUUCGUAGUUUUCGUAUUUCUAGCCGUUAUUUUGUUGCUUUUACCUUUUCUAUGUACAUCAAUACCUGGUCAAUUUCUGGACAACCUAAAACAAUCAACCAGUCUAAUCAAGUGUUAGGGAAAAAGUAGAUUCAUUCGAAAGAGCCAAUGCACGUUACACGUGCCUAUGUUGUUGUUACAGGUGUGAAAGAGGACGAACCUACAUCGCCCUAACCAAAUAAGAUUUCCACUAUAACCAACUCGCUAAGCUAUCCACUUAUGUCCAGGAUUGCACUCUGUCGCAAUAAUUUGUUAACAUUUUUUUUCGCAAUUUUAGCAAAAAAAAAGGUGUAAGGAAACUGCUUGCAGAAAUGUCUAACUGAAAUAGUAAAUACAGC